AGCCAAUGGGCGCAGAAGAGACUCAGCCCUGAAUGACUCCGACCUCAAGAUCUGCUCUGAAGACAUGAACUUUUAUAACUUCAUGUUCGUCGCGUUAAGAGCACCUUGAGCCAUGGUCGUGACGUCUCAGGUCCUGAGGGGUUUACCCAGAGCCAAAGCACUGGCCCCCUGUCUGUUACCAUGCCAGCACCAGCUGCCCCACUUUGGGCCCUCUUCUCGGAAAUCACCAUGGAGACGUGCUUUGGGCUCCAGGAGUUACCAGACGAGCUCUGUGCUACGCAGCUACAUUUUGACCCCUCCUCAGGUCAACUCCAUUCUGAAAGCCAAUGAGUACAGCUUCAAGGUUCCAGAGUUUGAUGGGAAGAAUGUCUCAGCAGUGGCAGGUUUUGAGAGUAACCAGCUCCCAGCAAAUGCUCCGAUAGAAGACCGCCGCAGUGCAGCUACAUGUCUGCAGACACGAGGAAUGUUACUGGGAGUGUUUGAUGGUCACGCAGGCUGUGCAUGUGCUCAGGCUCUGAGUGAGCGGUUGUUCUAUUACAUUGCUGUGUCUCUGCUGCCCCAUGACACCCUGUGUGAGCUGGAGGCUGCGGUGGAGGCCGGCCGUGCCCUGAGUCCCAUCCUGCAGUGGCACAAACACCCAAACGACUACUUCAGCCGAGAGGCGCAGAUGUUGUACUUCAACAGCCUCAGGACAUACUGGCAGGAGCUCAUAGACCUAACAAAUCCGGGGGAGGUCCCAGACACACGUGAGGCUCUGUUAAAUGCCUUUAAGAGACUGGACAAUGACAUGUCAUUGGAGGCUCAGGUGGGAGAUCCCAACGCCUUCCUGCACUACUGGGUCCUGAGAGUGGCCUUUUCUGGGGCCACAGCCUGUGUGGCUCACAUCGAUGGACCAGAUCUAUUUAUAGCCAACUCUGGUGACGCUCGGGCAGUGCUCGGAGUGCAGGAGGAGGAUGGUACAUUCAGUGCUCACACUCUUUCCCAUGACCACAAUGCUCAAAAUGAGAAUGAAGUGGCUCGGAUCAGGAGCGAGCAUCCUCCAUCAGAAAGAAAGACUGUAAUCAGACAGGAUCGCCUGCUAGGUCUUCUCAUGCCUUUCCGUGCGUUUGGUGAUGUAAAGUUCAAAUGGAGCAUUGAGCUGCAGAAGCGAGUGUUGGAGUCUGGGCCUGACCAGCUUCAUGAAAACGAGCACACAAAGUUUAUUCCCCCAAACUACCACACACCCCCGUACCUCACCGCGGAGCCAGAGAUCACCUACCACCGGCUGAGGCCACAGGACCGCUUUCUGGUAAUUGGCUCAGACGGACUUUGGGAGACUCUUCACAGACAGGAGGUGGUCCGCAUCGUGGGGGAGUAUCUAACUGGAGUGCAUCAGCGUCAGCCUCUCAAGGUGGGGGGCUACAAGGUCACACUGGGGCAGAUGCAGGGGCUUCUGGAGGAGAGGAAGGCACGCAUGUCCUCUGCUUUUGAAGACCAGAACUCUGCAACCCACCUGAUGCGGCACGCAGUCGGCAACAACGAAUUUGGGACAGUGGACCACGAAAGGUUGUCCAAAAUGUUGUCUUUACCCGAAGAGCUAGCCCGUAUGUACAGAGAUGACAUUACUAUUAUAAUAGCUCAGUUUAAUCCUCAUGUAAUUGGAGGUCAAUGACAAGAAGAGCAGUCCUGAGGAAAAGCUAUGAACUGUCGGCCUAUUGCAAUUUUUGCCAUAGUCCUGGGCCAUGUCUACAAGAGUUAAAAUGACUAAAGUCGCACUACGUAACUUUUCUGGUGGAGGGAUUUAAUUUAUAUCAUGAAGUUAUUCAAUUACAAGUGUUAAUAUUGUUAAAAAUAACCAGGAAAAACUCCUUCACUCCAGAAAAGUUGAAUGGCAUAUUGUGGAAGAAUCUAGGCAAAGCAGUAACAUCUCCAUGGAGUCAAGCAGGUGGCGGACCCUCUUUCAGAAAAGUUACAUAGUGCACCUUUAAAUUCAUUAUUGAAUGCAAGGUUUAAUUUCAAUUGAAUAGUUUACAAUCAUGCUACUAAAUUAACUUGGAUUAUUUAACUAAUUUUCAAAAGUUUUCAUAAAUUAUCAGCCAAUUAUGUGAGGGAAAUUCAUGAAGUUUUAUAAUCUAUGUAUCCUAAUAGUAAGUACAACUAGAUUCUGAAUUCAGGUCAUUUUUAACUCAUGUGGACAUAUUGAUUUUCGGCAGUAAAUCUGUAAAAAAAAAAAAAAUACAGUUGAGUAUAACACUAUAUAACAUUAUUUAUAAAGGGGUUUUUAUGUUUGUAUAAUGCUGUUUAUGUGGUUACUGGUCACAUCUUGUUUUUUCGCUAAAAUAUUUCAAGCAUAUCUUACUGUUACUCUCUCAUUUGAGCCAAAAGGGCCAUUCUUUUGUUUGCUGAAUGACUUAAGUAUAUUCCAAAGAGGCUGCACUCUAAACACUUUUAAUGCUACUUCUGCAACACCACACGUUUGUAUUUUAAAAUGAUAAAAAUUUAUUUUUUAAGUCCCAUUUUAGCACAUACAUUUUAUGCGACAUGUAUGUUUUUUCUCUUUUUUUAAAUCUCCAAAAGUGGUUUAUUUUACCUUGCAAGGUUUUUUUUUAAAUAGUUUGCUUUUCACAUAUAUAAGGGAAUGUAUCAGUGUUUGAGUAAGUGUUGGGAUAAAUGUGUGAAGAUAAUAAGUUGGUUUCCAAAAUGUGCCAAAAAAAAGGAAUCAUAUGUUUGAUAGUUCUCAUCUUGUAUGUUUUUUGUUUUUUUUUUACUGAAGGAAGUUGUUUUUUUCUUUGUGCAACUAAUAUUUAUUGUGUUCCAUACAUUUACCAAAAGUUGCAUCUUACCUGUUUUUAACUGGAUGUAAUAUUGUAUCCCUGUUAUUGCUUUGCCUCUGGAUUGUUCAACAGUAUGGCAUUAAAUUUUAAUAUUUUUACAUCUAAAAUACAUUGAAAAACAUGUGUUCUUAGUGUGAGCAAGGCUGCCUCACCACAGACCUGUAUCUGAAUAAAUGCUUUUGUUCAGUGCCAUACUGUGGAACGUUCCAGGCAAAGAAUAACAUCUCCAUGGAGACUAUCACCCAGAAAAGUUACAUCGUGCACCUAUAAAACAUUUAACAUUGCAUUUAUUUGUGUUGUUACAUUUAAAACCUUUUCAUUUUUGUUACAGUGAGAUGUUAUUACCUUCCAUUGAAACAUUUGCAAUACAUUAUGGUGUCAUGUAUACUUAUUUAUUAAAAACUAUGUAACCAUUGUUCAUGUAAGUUUAUGUACACUCACUGUUCCUUCAUGGGCCUGUUUUUGUAGGGACUAAAUAAAUGCUGACUGCACAUUUAGUGGU